AUGCUAUUCAUUCACUCGUCCAGAUGGUUGGUUGCUCCACGGCAAAUCGGUUGCUCGCCGGCAAAUGGGCGCCGCGGUCGAACUUUUGAAAGUAUUCGCCUGCAAAAAUCGGCUUUGGGAACUGUUUCAAUUCAUAACAAAGAAUCACAGAUGCGCCUACCUGCCUCUUUCAUUGCUGGUGCGAAUGCGGAAUAUAAGCAGAUGGUGAUGCUGGCGGAGCUCAUAAUCUUUGCGAGGACAGCAACUGGACUGUUUUUCAUGUGGUUGAUAUAUGGUUUUUUGACGGCGGUUUACGACAAUGUUGUUGAGGAGGAAUUCCACAACGCCUGCGAUUCGUUGGCAGAAGAAGAACGUGAACACUAA